AUGUCGCAGACUUCGAGGCCUUCUCGCGAAUCUGACAAGGAGAACGCACCUCCCAACCCAAAUGCCUCAGCGAUCCAGUCUCGGACUACGAGGGCCCCUCGGCGAGCGCAUUCAGAAAUUGAUUGUUCGGGCGACGAGGGAGACCACGGUGACGGGCCGCGAGAGUCAGCCUUUGGUUUGGGUCCUCGUAAACGAGCCUGUCGGACUGAUCCGCUCGUUCACCAUGGUCGACACUUUGGUCGUACAAUCCAGGCGUUCUGUCGGGUGCAGACCCUGAUCAAGAACGGUAUGACCCGAAGCUUCGAGAUGCAGGUCGAGGGAAUAACAGAGGCAGAUUUAAGCGACCCGAUGGAGAGGCGAGAGCACGGUAUCUAUAAAGCCCUAUUAAAUCUUUCUCCAGGGCUCGAGGAGCGUUUGUGCACUGGUUCCGACGAGGACAUCUUCCAUGUCGCCGAGAUGAUCCAGAAAGGCUCGUCCAGUGCUCGCGCCGACGAUACAAAAGGGCUCAAAACAGUGAUAAUCGACUGGAUUACACCACCGGGCCAAUGCCUAAACCCUCCGCUGGCGAGGAAUGUGAAAACUGACCGAGGUUUCUAUCAUGAGGCGACGGGAAGGUUGCUUUGUCCUAUCGAUGAGGACUGGAAUGACCAAGAGACGCGAGAGCUCCUUCGAUCUGGAGUGAAGACAGUCUCAGGAGACCAAUGGCCCCUGCUCUUAUUCAAAGACUACAAAUACAACCCUGACAACAUUUGGGAUGGCCUUUUUCGAAGCCAGCUUCUCGUCAACGCGUUCAAGCAUAUUUUUACAUCUCCCAGCUCUGUCGACAGGGAGCCUCGAGCCACUCGAUCUGGGAAUGCUCGAAUCCAUGGCAUGACAUCAGUUACGAUCGGGAGUCUGGCCUAUGUCGCCACACAGGUUCGAUUUGCCCUCAGCUCCUCCCCUGUGUUCUCGAGAACGGACCUCCAGACCGAUUCUGAACGAUUCUACGAGUCUAUUAUGGAAGCGUUUCAUGACCCCGUUUACGAAGUUCAAGUGAAGGCUCUACUGGAAUGGUGGAACAAACAAAUCUUCCCUGCCCAAGUUGGUGGUUCGAGGCCUCUAAAGAAGGGCUCGGUCCUCGCGAGGAUGAAAGAGCAAGCAGGCCAUCCUCAUCGUAACCGCCAAGUACUCGGUGCCUCAAACAGCCAAACUUCCUCCAGCACUUCUGCUUCGACAGCUGCAGUUGCCGACUCGAACACUCCCCCGACCUUUGGCUCGACUGCCCAACCCACUACCUCGACUACGAGCCAGACGACAGGCCCGACCACCUAG